GACUCACCUUUAACAAGAAAAAUCUCGUAAUGCCAUUGUAGACACAGCUCAGUUUUAAGAUGUUCAUGGAAUUCUGCUUUUAAUACUUUUAACAUAAACAAGGAAUGCUUGCUGUGGUCGAACUGAGGAAUACAUGAACUGAGGAAUGGCGGCCAAAGAGCUUGCGGGGACAAACAAAUGGCAUGAGGAAAGUGCGACGUUAUUGAUGAAUGUUGAAAAUUUGGAGACAAACCCUGUUAUCGAUCCUGACCAAGCGGAUAACUAUGGGGCUUUGCAGGAUGAUAGUGCUGAUGGGAGUGAUGCCGAGAGAAUUAUUAUUAUCAAUAAACCACAAGUUAGACCAUAUUGUGAUAACAAAAUCAGCACUGCCAAGUACAACUUCAUCACAUUUCUGCCAAAGUUUCUUCUAGAACAGUUUAGCAGAUAUUCCAAUGUGUUCUUCUUGUUUAUAGCUCUUCUUCAGCAAAUAGAUGGAGUAUCACCUACAGGACGUUACACUACUGCUGUUCCUCUACUUGCUGUCUUGUCUUGUUCUGCUAUUAAAGAGAUUAUUGAAGAUUAUAAACGUCACAAAGCUGAUGAUUUGGUUAAUAAAAGAAAAGUCAAAGUUGUUAGGGAUGGUACUUUACAGUCUUUACAAUGGGUAGAGGUUCAAGUAGGAGAUAUUGUCAAAGUUGUCAAUGGACAUUUUUUCCCUGCUGAUCUCAUCCUCUUGUCAUCAAGUGAGCCAAUGGGUAUGUGCUAUGUAGAAACAAGCAACCUCGAUGGCGAGACUAAUUUAAAGAUACGACAGGCCUUGUCACUUACUGCAAAGAUGACAUCUUUGAUAGAUGUUCGCUGUAUGCAGGGUCGAGUAGAAUGUGAGGGACCAAAUAAUCGCUUGUAUGACUUUGUUGGAAACAUUGCUCUCACAGGGAAAAAGCCACACCCAUUAGGUCCUGACCAAGCAUUGCUAAGAGGAGCUCAACUCAGAAAUACACAUUGGAUAUUUGGUCUUGUUGUGUACACUGGUCAUGAUUCUAAGCUGAUGCAGAACUCUACUGCUGCUCCCAUCAAACGUUCUAACAUGGACCAUACUACCAAUAUCCAGAUCUUAUUCUUAUUUGGUUUGUUAAUGGUUCUGGCUCUCUUCAGCACUAUUGGAUUCUAUGUCUGGACAGGUAAUCAUGCAGAUAAAGACUGGUAUCUUGGAUACAAAGAACUGGCACCACAGAACUAUGGGUUAACAUUCCUGACGUUCAUCAUUCUCUUCAAUAACCUUAUUCCUAUCAGUCUUACUGUUACACUUGAGGUGGUGAAGUUCAUGCAAGCUAUCUUCAUUAAUACGGAUUUGGAUAUGUACCAUGGCCAGUCAGACACACCUGCAAUGGCCAGAACAUCCAAUUUGAAUGAAGAGCUUGGCCAGGUGAAGUACAUUUUCUCGGACAAGACAGGCACUUUAACCAGAAAUGUCAUGGAGUUCAAGAAGAGUACUAUUGGUGGCAUAUCAUACAGUGCUGAAGACCCAGCUUUGCUGGACAACCUGAGAGAGCACCAUCCUACAGCAUCAGUGAUCCGUGAAUUCCUGACCUUGCUGUCCGUCUGCCAUACCGUAGUACCUGAAAGAGACAUGCAGAACCCAGACAAGAUUAUCUAUCAGGCUGCUUCUCCAGAUGAAGGUGCUUUAGUAAAAGGUGCCAAGAAGCUUGGAUUCUCAUUUAAUGUCCGUACUCCUACUUCAGUCAUCAUAAAUGCGAUGGGAAAGGAAGAAGUGUAUGAGGUCCUUAAUGUCCUGGAAUUCAACAGCAAUCGUAAAAGAAUGUCUGUAGUGGUUAGAACACCUGAAGACAAGAUCAAGCUGUAUUGCAAAGGAGCAGAUACAGUGAUAUUCGAAAGACUAAGGGAAAAUCAGCUGUACCAUACAUCCACUGUAGCCCACAUGGAAGAGUAUGCUAGAGAAGGUCUGCGUACACUAUGUAUCGCCAUGACGGAGCUUGAGCCAGAAGAAUACAGUGAAUGGAGCAAAUUGUAUUAUGAAGCCAGUACUGCUUUAGAAAACAGAACAGAGAAAGUAGAUAUGGCUGCUGAACUGAUUGAAAAGAACCUGUUCCUUCUGGGUGCAACAGCUAUUGAGGACAAACUGCAAGAGGGUGUUCCAGAGAGUAUUGCAGCACUGGCGGAUGCAGAUAUCAAGAUCUGGGUCUUGACAGGAGACAAACAAGAAACUGCCAUUAACAUUGGCUACGCUUGUCGAUUGUUGACAGCAGAAAUGAAGCUUCUAAUCUGCAGUGAGUCAACACUUGAUGGCACUCGUGAAUGGCUGAAUGAGCACUUACGUAUGAUUGGUCGAUAUGGAACCAUCUCUAAUCCACCACCAGCUACGAAGAAUAUUGCUCUCAUUAUCACCGGCAAGGUUCUUCUUUCUGCUUUGACAGAUGAAAUGAAGUUAAGUUUCCUUGACCUAGCAAUGUGUUGCAAGGCCGUCAUUUGCUGCAGGGUGUCACCUCUUCAGAAGUCUGAAGUCGUCCGUCUUGUCAGGAAUCAUGUAAAGGAAUCUAUUACGCUUGCUAUUGGUGAUGGUGCUAACGAUGUUGGAAUGAUCCAGGCAGCACAUGUUGGUGUUGGAAUAAGUGGUGCUGAGGGGCUGCAGGCAGCCAGCGCAUCGGAUUACGCCAUUGCACAGUUUCGUUACCUCAAUAAACUGCUGUUCGUACAUGGGGCAUGGAGCUAUCAACGUUUGUCGAAACUCAUAUUGUACUCCUUCUACAAGAAUGUCUGCCUUUACGUCAUUGAGUUGUGGUUUGCCCUGGAAAAUGGGUUCUCAGGUCAGAUUCUGUUUGACAAAUGGUGUAUCGGUAUCUACAAUGUGCUCUUCACUUCAGUACCUCCCCUAGCAAUUGGCCUGUUUGACCGCACCGUGUCUUCAGAGAGUAUGCUCAAGUACCCCAAGUUGUACAAAACAUCACAGAAUGCUGAGAUUUACAACACAAAGGUGUUCUGGUUAUGGAUACUAACCUCCGUCUACCAUUCUCUACUCCUUUUCUACCUGCCCACUCUCAUGCUUAGACAUGAGGUACCAUACAAGACUGGGGUAGUCGUAGGAGAAUGGCAUCUUGGUAACGUAGUAUACACGCUUGUAGUGAUUACUGUGUGUCUCAAAGCAGGAAUGGAACUGGAUGCCUGGAAUUGGUUGUGCCAUCUGUCGAUCUUUGGGUCCAUCGCCAGUUGGUUCUUUUUCCUACUCAUCUAUUGUAUUCCAGCCAUGGCCCUCUAUAUCGCACCAGAUAUGAUAGGACAGGAUCAAAUGCUGUACUCAUCUCCUGUCUUCUGGAUGUCAUUGUUUAUUGUUCCUGUYAUAACUCUACUGGCUGAUUUCCUUUAUAAAGUUAUAAUGAGAACAUUCAACAAGAGUUUGAAAGAACAGAUACAAGAAAUAGAAGUCAAACACGGAGACCCAAGUGUCCUCAUCAAAACGCACCACGCACGUCACGCGAAAAUAUGGACUCGUGCCGAAGCCUUCGAGGACAGGAAAGACACUGGUGCCUCUGCUCUUGGUUUUGCAUUCUCCCAAGAGGAGUCUGGCAAAGUUAGCCAGGCGGAGCUCAUAAGAAGAUACGAUACGACAUUAAAAAAACCACGUGGCGAUUGACUAGAAAUGACUCCAUUGCCAGGUUCCUCUAUGAUGGUAGCUUAUGUAUAAUAUCAACAAUGCAAUGGGUUAGAAUAGAAUGUAAACAUAUUACCGGURGAGGGGUGGGGUAUGGUCGUGGAUCAAUACUAAUGUUGUCCAAUUUGUUUUGGCUCGCAUUAUUGACCCCUUGCAGCACGUUAAAAURCAGCUCAAUUUGGAGGACAUAACAAUAGGUUUCCAAUUCUCUUGAGAUUGAAAUUCUUUUGUUUUGUCGUCCAAAUUGAGCUGCUUUGACACCACAUUCAAAGGGUCUAUUGAGAAAAUGUUUUUCUUACUUCGUCCAAAUUUCAAGGACUUUUUUCUUGAUAUGCAUGGCUCAUACUAUUUUGAAACUUUAAAAAUUGUUUUAAAGAGCCAUUCAAUUUAAUUUUCAAUUCWUAUUGGCAAUUAAUGGGGAUAUUAUUAAACCAUAUCAAUAUUCUAAUUAUAACCUGACGUAAGGGCGGUAUUUAUGUUAAUCAUGCAUGGUCAUUUUAUWGACUUGACUUGGGGGAAUUUCAAGAGAUAAGAAAAUAGGACAAAAAUUUUUUUUAUGUUCUGUUGGCUGGGGUGAGGUGAAGACCUCAGUACUUAACACAUGGAGGUUAUUUAUUACAACAACAACAUUUCAUUCCCUUAGGCAAGGAAUAUUCAUCAGCUGAAUCUCGAAUUUUCAAUAGAAUUCCUUCUGGUUGACAGCACAUGGUGGUCAGGGUUUGACCACCAUUUGGAGCAGAUAUUGAGAUUCAAAGAAUUUUAUCAGCUGAGUGAAACACCGCAAAUGCGAAAAUAAUGUAUCCAUAGCAACGUGACGAUAUCAUGAUGUCUUACUCGGAGAGUUCUCAUGGCAACGUGGCGAUGUUACAGCACCUUUUAUGGUGAAGUAUCCAUGGCAACGUGUCGAGGUUACGAGUUUACGAGUUCAUGGUAUAUCUGUAGACCCCUUUCAUGUGACGUCAAAGAAGCUCAAUUUGACAAAACAAAAGAUUUUCAAUCUUAUUAGAAGAAUUGGAAACCUAUUGUUAUGUCCUCCAAAUUGAGCUCCAUUCCGACGUACUGCAAGGGGUCUAAAGCAACCCGACAGAUGUUAUGAUGUAAGUCACGGCGUGUCCGUAUCUGAACGGCACCUUUAAUCGUUACGUAACCAUAGCAACGCAGCAAUAUAAUCAUACGYAUGUUCAUCAUGCUCGUUGAGACGACAAAGCAAACCAACCACGACACGARUGAAAAACGWCUGCGCAUGCYCUGAAUCCGUAUCCAGAUUAGUCAAAACAUAAGUAAAUUUGACUUUCUAACAUGCCUGAUAGAUUGGACUUYACAAAMUGCCAAAACUUAAUGUCCAUGCUUGAAACUUAAGACUAAUUCUUUCAUAUUGUGUUUGUUAAUACAGUAUCUUGGUCUGACAAAAGUAUACUCUCGAGCUUUUUUGUAUACUUGGAGAAAAUAAACGUUUAUUUUCUCACUCAAACCCUUCAAAAUUCUUAGAAAACGUGCUGAAGUGCACUCAUGCGCAAACGUUUUUCCCUAGUGUCACCAACCACGUCUUGUUGAGUUCCUUCAACAUGGCGGCUAUGACGUCACAUGUCAACAUGGCGGCUCAUGUCGUCACAUGUCAACAUGAUGUCUAGAACGUGACAUGUCAACGUGGCCGCUAUGGCGUCUCAUGUAAACAUGGCGUCUAGAACGUCGCAUGACCUCCAUAAGUGCUCCUUUGCUUUCAAAUACGUGUGGUUUGUUAGUAGAUUUUUUCUGAUUUUUGAUUCGGUAUCAAACAGACAGAUCUUCUCAGAGUCUUGAUGAAUAYUUUACCCGGCACGACCGUUAAAGAUUUUUUUCGAGUCCAGCUGCCUUGUUUUUCUAUGUUCUCGCAUGUUUUUUAAAUAUUAUUUUUCUGUAUUAUUUUCUGUACAGUUAUUUCAUACAUCGGUAAAGUUAUUUAUUAAAACUAUAAGUUGACUUAGAUAUAAUUAUUAAAUUCAAUUUCAAGAAAAUAUUAGGCUUAAAUUAUGGAAUGUUCAAGAGCAAUAAACGAUGUUAAAACAAAUAUU